AUGACAACCAGUCACUGCGAUAUGACGACCGCUGAGGUCAUGGAGCUACUCCGCGACGAACGUGAUAUAUAUGAAAGCAUUGAGCAGAACCUUCGACGUAUGAUGCUGGAAGAGAAACCAGACGCUGCAUUACCGGUCCUUUCCCGCAAUACCGAAGAUCUUUCAUUCUCUGGCUCCUCACAAUACAUGCCAUCAUAUAUGGAAGACUUUAUCAUGGGAUCUGGAACACAUUUGAACGAUGGCAUGAACGACAAAGAAGAUUCGAAAGUAGAUGAAGUUGCUGGAUAA